UGCAAUCGCAACCAAAUUGGAUCAAUACAAGCAAGACGUGCGCGCGUUAACAACAGGCAACCCCCGAAGAAUUUGAUUUCAUUUGUCCAUACAGAGACAACGCCCUCGCUCGCCGGAACGACCAUGCCGAGGUUGUGAGCUACUGCUCUGGGAAGCAUCAUGCCAGUAUGGAGGUCCCGGCUCCAACUAUCGCGCUGCAUGGUUCUCAGUGUCCCUUUUGCAAGAUCUUGCCGGACGCUGCCUCGCCUAGUCCGACAAUAUGCCCGACCUUCAUACGCCGAAGUGGAUGCCGCGCCAACGGCCCCUCCUGCCGACCUGGGCACUUCCGGUGAUCCUCGGCCUCCAACACCAGAACCCGAAUCCAAACCCGAACCAGAGCCCCCUCGCCCAAGUUCGAAAAACCACCGCGAAAACAAGUCUUCCAUGACCUCAUUUGCCUCGCGCCUCUUGAGCGCUCCCGUGCGCCCCCAUCCACCUGAUUUGUCGGCCGUCGUCACGCCGAUUCUACCUUCGCCUGUCAUGACGGACCUCAAACUGAACAGGCACAGGCACAUCAAGGGUCUUGGAAACCAGCUGCGUAUACAGAGAAUUCGGGACGAGAGGAAUCUACCGGACCCCGACUGGCGCGAGCUUCUCAAGGACCUGUCCGCCAUGACCCCGGAACGCCAUACCUGGGGCACCGUUGUCGUCGAGGCGUCAAUGGAGACUUCUAAAAGGUUAAUGUCGUCCGAUGAUUUUGGGGUCCGGACCAUCAUGGCCAAGAGUGGUUGCGCCAUUGCAACCGAUGUGCGUCCCGCCGAGACCGAAGGAGGACAUGAAACUAUGACCAUCACAAUCCAUGGCCCACCCUCUAGAUUGCGGUCCGCCAUCGAUCUGAUCCUAAUCACGGUUGGGAAGGCUUCCCUCAAAACAAAGUCUACGGCCGUCGUGGCUGCUGGUUCGCAUCAGCGCCGGGUCAAGGAUUCAAAGGCCAGCCAGUGUUACCACGCCCCGUUCGACGUGGAGGAAGUCACCCGUCACUACGGCCCAGAUCUCAAACCUAGCAGCAUAAAACCCAAUGAUCCUUUGGUAGUAGAAGACAUCCCAUGCCCCAGCAAGUGGACAUGCGACAAUCUCGAUGCCUAUAUAGAACGCAUCACCAACCCGGUGCUCGAAAAACAAGCGAAGAGGCAUUUUUCGCGCCGAGGACUUGGCCGCUCCCACAGUCAUGCUGUCUCAGAUAUACUCGAGAAGAUCCUUAGCGAUCCGGAAGCCAUGCCAUUCGUCACGGUCACUUCAUUCCAUAGGGCACUGCGUUUUGUUACUCGCUUCCAACCGGCUUUCAGCAACUGCUGCAUACGAUUCUUGUGGCUCGCAGCCCGGAACCCCAAAGGUCUGGUAACAACCGAGACAUUCAAUAUUCUGCUGAAGACCCAUGCUCGGCUCAAAGAUCUCGGCUCAUUCCAUCUCUUGAUUCGUAUCAUGCAUAGCUUCGACUGCAUGCCCAACAUGAGAACCUGGUUGAUGACCCUGCGUUUAUUCGAAAGCGCCGAAAUCAGGCGUUAUAUUCUCCACACCCUGGACCAAAAAGGAAUGCUCGAUUCCCCAGUAAUCGUUCGACAAAUAGCAGCCAUCAUGUUAUCUCAUGACACCCAGCUCGCGUUGGAACAGGGCUUGAAUUUGGACCAGAUACUCGCCAGGCACGAUGAGCUGUAUGGCGGACGGGAAAUCUGGCUUACGCGCAAGGGUGGCUUAGAUGUCAUCGACGCCCUCUGCCGCCACGGUCACUCUAAGGACGCCUUGAAGGUGGCUGAACUUAUGGCCGCUCCUGGACGCCCGCCCUGUGCAAGACCCGACUUCCUGACGCUAAACAGGCUACUUACCCACGCCUCCACUCACAGGCUGACCAACUUUGCAAUUGACGUACUUGCGGUCCACACUGCAAAAUACUCGGUCGAACCAGAUGACCUCUCUUACAAGCUACUCUUUGAUCUAUUCUGGAAGGCAAAAAUGCCACUCACUGUUGCAACCGUGUGGCACUGUGCCGUCUUGAACCGCAAAGUUUCCAAGCUGGAGCCAUGGGGGCGCAUGGCUUACGCAUUGCACGUAUUGAGAAAACUUGUUUCCAAGCCGCCCGACUCUACAACUGAGAGUGACCAGUUACAAAUGUUGACGGCUGCGGCUGGGCGGUUACGCUCUCUGAUCAGUCCAUUUGUUGCCUCCCUGACAUGGUACAAGAUACGUGAACCAGUCGAGCCAGAGUUGGGCAAAAAGACUACGAACCAGAACCCAUGUUAUGUAGAGACAGCCGACCUGAUCAAGCCUGGGUUUUAUGAUGAUCACCGUGCCGCCUCCAUACGAGAAUCAGAGUCCCGCCUGGCUGCUAGGCAUGCGGGUUACGUUCCCGGACCCCCGCUCUAUCGUCUUUUACGCCUUGCGAGCAGGAACGACAACACCGUCAUCUCUCUUCUCGAUAUAUACGCCAAAGGUGACAAGGUCCACGACACUCCCAUCUCGGAAUCUGACGACGAAAAUCCCACAAUGUCAUCUCCCCGGAUGGCGUUGCGGAAAAGAAUGCCAGAGCAGUCUCUACGUCAGAAAUUCAAGAUCCGGCUCAAACCCUGUGGAAAACGCAUUGCACCAGAACCGCACAAGUCACAUUUGCUCUAUAGUGAGAUCGAAAUGGAAGCGGACUAUUCCCCUCUCUACUGGGCUUUAGAAAAUGAUGUCGAUAAGGUUUUGGAAGCUCAAGGUGCACACUCGUCGGAGCAACCUGCCGAUGCGGCUCUGGAAAAACGAGGUGCACACCCGUCAGAGCAAUCUGAAUCUCGUCCCGAUCGACAGCUGGGAUUUGUUUCCAACCCGAGAGCGAAAAGGAUCCGUUAUAUUCCUGUUUGUAACCCGAGGCCAAAGGGGCUUCCUGAUAGACGGGUAUCAUCGAAGAUUCGUACCAAAACGAGACCAAAGAAGAAUCUUUCAGGCCCUGUUAAGAAACCGAAACCAAAAAAGAACCGCUCCGUCCCUGUUGACAAACCGGAGCCGGAAUCAAAACCAAAACUGGGACCAAAACCGGGACCGAAACCAAAAAAGAUUCAUUCUGUCCCUGUUGACAAAUAGGAACCAAAAAAAAUGGUUCGUUUUGCCGCUUUACACAUACCGAUGUCAAAAAAAAAAUGUUUGUCGUCUCUAUCGCACAAAACAGAUACCCGAAAGAGAACCUCGUGUCCUUGUUUCCUACCUGUGACCACAGAUGGUUCAUUUCGUUCUUGUAACAUAGAUUUCACUGUACAUAUCACACCAUUAACCUGUAACUACACAGUAUAAGCCUAAGGGAAAGACCAGUAUGAGACAGCAUCUCCAGCAUAGAGGAGCGCAAAAUAGCUGUCGCAUGGUGGCUUGUACGGAUAAUACGCAAAGGACGGAAAUAGAAAAAAAAAUCUAGAUUCUUGAUUGACCU